CCGUCCCCGCGUCACCAACGAGAAUCAAUUCAUACUUUGCGCCCCCCUCCCUCCCCUCACUGGUCUUUCCUCUGCGCAACUCACGCCCGCAUUGACGCGCCCACCAGGCUCGAACCAGCCUGUAAACACUGGGAGGAGGCAAGUGCCGAACUCUGAUUCGAUUGUAGCCUUUUGCAAAAGCCUAGUCGUCGCGAUCCCCAAUCGAUCCCGGCUGCUGGCUAGCACAUUUCUCCCUCGGCCAGUCGUGCUCAUCAUUACUGGGGGUGUUGAGCAGCACGGCAUAUGUAAAGUCCAUGGAAAGCGCAUGACGGAACGCGACGACUUUUGAUCGCUCUAUUGCACUCAAGGGGAUGGUCUAAGCCAUUGACGUCCAUCGAUAUUGAGCGAGUACGCGAUGGCUACUGAUACCCUCUAUUCAAGCCCUCCAGCGGCGAGGGCAUUUCCGACGCCUUCCACGACACCUCAACGACCACCCUCAAUACAUAUCCGGGCAGAUUCCUCCCCCGGUCUAUCGUCGUCGCCCAACUCCCUGCCUAUCUUGAACUUUUCGCCCGACGGACGCAGUGACUACGAUGACACUGCGGAGGAGGAUAAUCUAUCACCGCUAGACCCGCGGCGCUUUACUCCCACGCUCCAUGCCUCCCUCGUCUCCGAAAUUCUUUCUCUACGGCGGGAUGUAGAGAGUAAAUCGAAGGCCAUUGAUAUCCUCGAGCGGAGCCUUGACGAAUCACGCACGGAGAAUGAAGGUCUCAGUGAGCGUCUAUCCAAGAGUACUAAGGAGACACGGUCGUUCAAGCAUCAAUUGCAGCUGCUGGAAGGUGGCGCUUCAUCAGCUCUCACUGAGCUAGCACGGGAGCGAGACGAAGCGUUAGAAAACAUCGCAGAUGUCCGCAAGAAGCUAGAGCAAGCGCAAAAGAAGGCGCGGAGCCGGGAGGAGGAAGUAGAGCGGACCAUACAACUAUGGGACCGCGACAAAGACGCCUGGGAGGGCGAGCGCAGGAACCUAGAACGGAAGGUCCACGUGGUGGAAGGGCGCCUGAAAGUUGUCUUGAAGGAGGUAGUGGCUGCUCAAGCAGUCGGCUCGUUUCAACCACUCCAGGACGUUGGUGGAAUGGAGAUUGACCUGACCGGCAGAUCUGCAGCAGCGAAAGAUAGUGACUCGGCGAGUGUUGUCUCGAGCAGUCAAGGCCAUCGCCGGACUAGUAUCACAAGUGUGAGCGCUGACAGCGGUGAUGAGGCCGACUAUCACAAUGUGCGAUACUCCAUGGCGAGUGUCGCCAACGUCCCUGGUUUGAAGAGCGAAGGCCUAAGUCUAGCACAAGAGCUGGCAUUCGACGAGGAAGACGAGUUCGAGUCCUUCGACACUGACUUUGUGCCCGAGUCACCCGAGGCACUGCCCGAAGAGCGUCCGGCCUCCGUCCACUCGCAGCUUUCUCGUUCAAUGAGCAUGGGUGCAAAGGCGAGAAAGAUCCUCGGGCUUUCUCUGGGAAGUGCCGACGGUUACGGGUUCAAGGCCGAAGGAAACUCGCCGCCCGGGAGCCCGUUGAAGAUGUCCUCGACCGAAUUUGUGUACCGUGACACGGGGAUCCAGUAUUCGCCUCCUCCGUCCCCCUUGUCACCAUCCAAGCCGGAGCCUCCAUCCUGCCACCAGACCGCCGAGUGCCCUGGUGGCGAGGACACCGGUUUCUUUCAACGCAAAGACAGCAGCACGUCAACACUUACCCCAACCCUGACGAUUGACAUGGUCUCGGCGUCUUGCCAAACCGUGGAGGAUCUUCCCACUCCUCCUUGGACCCCCAAGGUCGAUGAGAUACCACCGCCAGUUCCAGAAGAGACGGCGAUGGUCUCAGUGUCUGUACAGACUAUACAAGCCCCAGUCGCCGAAACGGAUGACAAGGGAGUCAAUGCCUCGCCCACCGAGAUGGAGUCAUCCGAACUAGAGAUCCCCAUGAUUGCGAUCCACCCGCCUUGUUCGGAACCCCCUUCGCCCCGAGGGAGCGUGGUUCUCCCGCCUCAAACCAAGAGUGUUUCCUGCCAGGUCAACCUCGGCCCGAGCAUUGAGAGCCGGACGGUUGGCGUGCAAACAGAAGAAAUCCCGAUUGACACAAGGCCUGUCAAGCUACCGGCCAGCCUACUCCCAUCAGCGAUUCCUGACCUUCCCCUGCGCGAGACGCCCCCGGACCAUCCCAUUCAGCCUUAUCGUGCCCCUCCUCCAAGGUCGAAGAAACGAGAGAGUAGGGCCUCGUCAGACACCAAGCCACUUGAGCCGGUACAAGCCUACCCGGGAAACAAUGACAACGGUCCGCUGUCCGAGGAAUCCAAGUCCGAGCUCAGGCGCCCUCUACGAUCAAGCAGCCUCUUUGCUGGAUUUGAUCAGGCGAGUGAUGAAGAGACCUCUGGGCAGACUAAGGACAUCUUCACCGAUGAUGAGCUUCUGAAUCGGCCAUUUGCGUCGUACACCCUGAAGCGAGGCAAACUAGUUUCCACCCGAGGUCAUCCUAGCUUGGACGAUGCGCCCCUUCCGGAAAUUGAUGAGCAUCUGCGAGAAUCCGAUGCCCACUCAUCCGAGACACCUACCGACCAAGGCUCUAAAGAACUGGUUGGACCUUCGUCGUGGAGUCAGCGGUUAGGCUUUGGGGUUCCUGGGGCGCGGCAGCAGGAUAUGCGUAAAUCAGCUAUGAUCUCCAACGGAGCAGCAGCACAUCAGGAUAUGCGCCCGCGGAGUCCCAGCGAACCCAGUAGUGGGAGCGGUGUAUCUGGGAUUGCACCUCCCAUCCCAGUGCCGAUGCGGUUCAGUUCAAGAAAAUUCCCCGGUGGGAGUGACGGUCGGCAGAGUCCAACGCCAUCCAACCCUCGCCACUUCGCUGAUCGCGCCCGACCCGCGAUUAUUCGACGCCCGACUCUACGGCGCGUCCGCUCCGCAGCUGCCAUGUCGCACAUAGAGCAGCAUGGCCGCCCCGACAGCCGCUCAUCGCCCACCAUGUCCUCCUCGUCCUGUGGACCGGACAGUCCCCAACAUCCUCCACUGCCCUAUGACGAGAUCACGGCGCCCUCGGGGAAACGGGCCAUGCAAAAGCGAACAUCGGCUCACCCGGCAGCCGCACCGCGCCCCUUUGCGCAUGCACGACAUGACUCGACGGCCACAAUAGUCCAACCCACCAGCGUGGUCGACGCCAUCGCGCAAACCAUGGUCGGGGAGUGGAUGUACAAGUACAUCCGGAGACGGAGAUCGUUUGGUGGGGUCAGCGAGCCGAAGGACAACUGGGAGGGCCGGAAUGCCGACGAGGUGUCUGCCAAUAUCGCCAACAGCGGUGCGAGACACAAGCGAUGGGUCUGGCUGGCGCCAUACGAGCGCGCCGUCAUGUGGAGCAGCAAACAACCGACCAGCGGGCCAGCCCUCCUGGGUAAGAGCGGUCGAAAGUUGAUCAUCCAGUCCGUUCUCGAUGUCAAAGAUGACAACCCGCUUCCCAAAGGCUUCAAUGCGCAGAACCAGUUCAAUCGGUCGAUUUUGAUCUUGACCCCGCAGCGCGCCCUCAAAUUCACGGCCUCCAGCAUUGAGCGGCAUUAUGUCUGGCUGACUGCAUUGUCGUUCUUGAGCCACUCAUCCAUGGGUCUCCAUGACCUAGACACCCUUCCUCCGGUCCCGCAGGAGGAAUUCACAUCCCCGGCGCCCACGGCCACUUUGCGCCGUAAUCCAAUCCGGGACUCGAUUCGAAUUGCCAAGGGUCGCCCGCGCCCGCGCCCCAAAGGCAAGCGAUCCCUUCUCAGUCAACCCGAGCCCGUUCCUGAACUACCCGCCGGUUUAGAAGCCGACGAGUUGAUGGACGCCGCCGACCCGCCAACGGUGCCCCGGUUCUCGAACCAUGCCCGUAAGCGCAGUAACACGACUCCCCGGGUCCCUAUCAUCCGCAGCUUCUCCAGCCAGGGCACAGUGCCCUCGGUAGCCCCGACGCGCGGCUCCUCGGACACGUAUGGUCCGGCCGUGUAUGGCCAAGGGCUCACCAGCAGCGUAGGCAGCGUUAGCCGCCGCACGUCCGAGGCCAGUGUGGGGACAAGCAACUUUUUUGACGCGAUCGGUACCGUUCGCAUGGAGGCCUUCAUUGACCAAACCAACGGAUACAAGGGCACGCGGUCUGCGCGACACGAGCGGAAGGCGUCGAGCGCAUGGAGUGCGAAUCAAGAGCUGGACUCUCCGUACGAAGAGGGCGGGUAUUUUCGCCGUGAUGAUCCAUUCGGGGAAUUCUGACCGGGCCGGCACCGCUUCCCAUGACGACGUGCCUGCUUUUCUGGAAAUGUUGUACACCUGCUUUGUUUGUUGCGAUUUACCUGCGCCGACGCGGAUACCACCUC